CUGUCUUUUCAGGUCAGGGAUCCGAAAGGCCGUCAUUCAAUUCGUAGUCUGCCGGGAUCAUGUACGGCAGAUUCCCGAAGCCGGUCCCAGCGGAAACUCAUUCAGGCAAACGGAGGCACAGGCGUGCCUUCAAGUCAGUCGUGCUACGCCAUGAAGGAUGGUGGCAAGGAUGACUUCCUGAUGCCUGCCGUGCAUGCCAAGUUAUCAUAUUGCGACAACAGCAACGUGUGGAGUCGCAACGCAGCACCAUACUACGUGGAGUCGAAGGUUCAGAAAAAGAAAGGGCCUCGAUCGUUGGACAUCACUUACAAAGCUUCCAAGUACGAGCGUCACAACAAACAUCCGGCAGUUAGUGCGAACGUUUGCGAGGACAGCUGGUCAGAUGUCGCAUCGGACAUGUAUCGGUUGGAUCGCAGGCCGAUCGCUCUCGUCCAGUCCAAGAACAAGCAAUACUCUAACAUGCCGUAUCGACACUCGUGCCGAAACGCGGAGAACAUUAGGUUACCGGAAGGGAACGUUUUCCAGCAGAAGGAAGAAUGUUUUAAAGAUCGGUCGAAUAAUAUCGGGACCAUCGUCGAGGAUGCUCCGUUGUGUACGUUUUCGGUCAGCAGGUCAACGAUCAGUGGCGACGCAAGAUUUCAGCCGGGAAAUUUAAACUCACCGACUUCUGCAUUCGUUGGCUCGUCGUUGGGACAAGCUGCUCAUCCGCCACCUCCUCGUCCUCCUAAAAAAUUGGUGCGUUAUUUUGCAUCAAUCAAGAUGUUGGGCUUCUAG